UUGUCAUAAAUCAUCUAUGUCAUAGUUAUGUCAUACUAAUAAUAAAUAACAUUUUAUUGAAUUUUAAAAACCGUUUCAAAAAAGAAAAAAUGUCGAAAGAUCGUUACAAGUUAAAAUUCACCCGCGUCAUGCCCAUUAAACGGCCCGAUUGUAUUAUGUCGUCUGCCGCCCGGGAAUCGGGAAAUUAUGGUUUCAUUCCGUCGUACGAAAAGGACGUCAGGAUUUGUACGGGUUUCGUUAUGACGAACGAGUAUUUGCGAAUGUGGAUGAGAGAGAGAGCCAUUUACGAAAAGGAUGUUUACUCGUCGUUGGAAGCGGAAAAGGACAAAGGCAGAAUAAGAAGGCGAUACGUUUUAAGAGACAUGACCAAGAAAAAGCCCGACAAAAUGAGAGACAUGCCGAUAAUAACACUUAAAAGAUUUCAAAACAUCAAGCCAAAAACUUGUUUACCUCGAAUCGAAAAUACACCUGACGAAAAGAAAGAAGAGGCUAAAAACGAUAAGAAAAAUGAACCGAAAGAAGAAGUAAACGAAUAAAAUUAAAAACAGUUUCGCUAAAGUGCUGUAAGAGGAUUGUGAAUGCAAUUCGAAAGGAUUUGUUAACAUCUGUACUUAAGGGUUAUUGAG